GAUCUUUGAAAUGUAUCAUUCCAGGAGAAUCAUGGGCUCUGCCUGGCCCCAUGAGAGGUGUGCCUCAGCCUCUCCAGGACGUCAGAGAACAGGAGCAGGGAAGCCUCCAGCGAAGACUAUGAGAAAGAGUGGAAUGCUAGUGGGGCUCAGCUGAAAGAGUCUACAUGGGUAUUGGGCAGCACCAAACCAUGCACAACUUAGAUGCAUACAACCUUGGAACACUACUUGGUUGUAGAGAGGAAUGAAUGUUGGAAAUGCAGAAUGAUGGGAUGCAUCUCAAAAUAACUGUGCUCAAUGAAGAGAACUACACAGAUUGUAUUCUGGAACACACAAGCUAAUGUGUGAAGAUGAACAGAAGUCACCUGGGACAGGGUGCAAAGAGACAAAGCACGAUCACACAGAAGCACAUGCCAAGGUACUCCUUUAUUGUAGCGAUGGGAUACCUUACAAUAUGCCACAUCAGCAGGAUAUACAUCUUCCAAUAUGGAAUUCUCACUACCGAUUUUUCUGGGCCUCUGAUGAUUAUCACCCAGAAGGUCACAACAUUGGCUUUCCAGAUCCAUGAUGGAUUAGGUCGAAGACCUGAAGAUCUUUCUGCUAAGCAGCAUCAACUUGCUGUAAAAGUGAAACCCUCUUUGUUGGAAUACUUAAGCUACCUUCUCAAUUUCAUGAGUGUCAUAGCUGGCCCCUGUAAUAAUUUCAAGGACUAUGUCGCCUUCAUUGAAGGGAAGCACAUACACAUGAGGCUGUUGGAAAUGCACUGGAAGCAGAGAGGUCUCCACAGCUUGCCAGAACCGUCUCCCACUGGAGCUGUGAUACACAAAUUGUGCAUCACCUUGGUGUCUCUCCUUUUGUUUUUGACACUCACGAAGUCAUUCCCUGUCACCUGCCUUGUUGAUGACUGGUUUGUCCAUAGAGCAAACUUUCUGACUCGACUCUGCUACUUGUAUCUUGUCAUGCAAGCCUCAAAGCCCAAGUAUUAUUUUGCAUGGACUUUAGCUGAUGCCGUGAAUAAUGCAGCCGGCUUUGGGUUCAGUGGGGUGGACAAAGAUGGAAAGUCCUGCUGGGACCUGCUUUCUAACCUAAACAUCUGGAAAAUCGAGACUGCCACGAGUUUCAAAGAAUACUUAGAAAACUGGAAUAUUCAGACAUCAGCUUGGCUAAAAUGCGUGUGUUAUGAGCGGGUUCCGUGGCACCCUACAGUGGUCACCUUCAUGUUGUCUGCUCUGUGGCAUGGUGUCUACCCUGGAUACUACUUCACCUUCUUAACUGGAGUCCCUGUCACAUUGGCAGCUAGAGCGGUGAGAAAUAACUACAGACAUUACUUCCUUUCUUCAAAAGUUCUCAAAGCUAUCUAUGACGUGGUCACCUGGGCUGUCACUCAGCUGGCUGUUUCUUAUACUGCAGCACCCUUCGUUAUGUUGGCAGUUGAGCCAACCAUCAGUUUAUACAAGUCCAUGUACUUUUUCUUUCACAUCAUCAGUCUACUGGUAAUACUUAUUCUGCCAAUCAAGCAACAUCAUACCCAAAGACAGCCUCGGAGUCUGAAUUCUGCUAAGAAGAAAACAGAUUAAUACCACCUUGGAGAAAAGCUGAAUGAAAACAUUGCAAGACAUGGGAAAGACGAGAUGAAAAGGCUCAGUGGCUCUCCGGUGACUUAGAGGAGAUGUUUACAUGCACCUGUUUCUGUUUCUUUUCUUUGGAAUUCAGGGAAUCUUUUCAUAAAAGGUGUUUAUGAACCAGCCCUGGCUAGUUUGCUUUCCUACUUUCUAGGACCUUUCCUAGAGUUUUCUUUUCUGAUGUUAUUCCCAGUCACUGAAAUCAGGGUGCAAAGGAUCCAGGCACUUCCCUAGGGCUUAGGAGGCAGUUGUUGAACUGACUUGCCACAGAUUUCUGAAAUCAGAACAUAGCAGGCGCGGUUGCUCCUUGGCAAGCUCCAAACCCUUGGACCUGUGACACUUGGGAGAACCUGGAGGAGAGUGAUCAUGGAGGGAAGUUUUCAGGGCAUUGAAAACCCUAUGAAGUGGGAAGAUUAAUCCAGGAUGCUGGAAGACACUGACAUGCUCUCAAACAGGCUAUAUCCCUGCCCCCGGAAUGUACCCUUCCCUUUUUGAUCAGAAAUCAGAAAGUCUUCUUGCUGCCUCGCCAGGAGCUGGGAGGGGCUGCUGUUUUCUGCCUGCACAGACCUGCUUGUCCAAUAAUGGCCCUGAGAAGACACAGUGUCCAAGGCAGCUAGAUGCCUUUCCAAGGGCUCGUUUUUGUAAAGUGAUAUAAAGUUGUAGAGAGGCUUGGUGAGAAGCAGCGGAUGCCUGUCUCUUUUCUCCCUUGUUUCCUGGAGGUGUUAGUGAUUGUGGCCAUGAUAUGUGCAAGUGGAUCUUCAUAACCAAUUAAAUCAGCUUUAUUUUUGUGAAUAGUAAGAUUGGGAAACUGAUGCUGAGGGUUACUUCUCUGCUCCAUCUUCCUUAUGAAUGUAAUGGCUCCUUUUGGGGACUUCUCUUGGGAGAAGGAAACAUACUAAGUGUUUUGGAUAAUAACUGUGAUGAUGAUGAUAAAA